AUGGACGACGAAGAAGGGAGGUUGUUUAGAUGUAGAAGGACGUGCUGUGAAAUGCUAGAAGAUCGCGGUUACUUUAUACCUAGCCAAGAAAAACUGGAAACCUUCGCAGAAUUUAAGGCUAGAUAUGAAAUGUACGAUAAAGUGCGUUCUAAAAUGUUACUAGUUGCAUCACUGAGGACAGCAGCCGAAAAUAAACUGCUGGUUUACUUCGCUGAUGAGAAGAAGAAAACUGGUGUCAAACCUAUUAGAGAACUUACCGAACGUAUGGAAGAUCACGAUAUUCAUAGAGCCAUUUUAGUAACUCAAAAUGUUUUAACUCCUUUUGCUAAAGAUGCAAUAAUGGAAGCAUAUCCGAAGAAUAUAAUAGAGAAUUUCAUGGAAACUGAGCUUUUGGUAAAUAUAACCAAGCAUGAGCUGGUACCAAAACAUAUUCCCCUGACGAUGGAAGAGAAACAAAAUCUCCUCCAGAAAUAUAAGGUUAAGGAGAGCCAGAUUCCAAGAAUACAAUCUGCAGAUCCAGUAGCAAGAUACUUUGGCCUAUCCAAGGGUCAGGUUGUUAAGAUAAUUCGACCCAGCGAAACAGCUGGAAGAUAUGUCACUUUCAGACUAGUGGUCUAA